AUUUCGGCGGGCUAGUGAAAUUGGUGAAGCGGACUGACGACUGACUUGGAUGUAUCAUCCAAGCUGUCCAUAAGAAGGUCACAGAGAAUAAAUGGAACAAGAAUGGCUACAAAAAAUAGCAGUUUUUCAGGUAACUCUGUUGAGUAGUGAUAGUAAUUGUUCACAGAAAUCGGGAGUCGAGGUUUAUGUAAGUAUAUUUGAAACAACAGAGGCAGGGUAUUAUUUGGAAGCUCUUGAAAAACAAGACACGGAACACGUCCUAUUCUGUACAUACUUAGACAAGAACGAGUACAUUUGGAACUUGGAAAGCCACAUAAUGACCUGCUUUCGAAAUACUUUGUCGUCCGAACAACCACAACCAGGGGCCGUGAGAGGAAACGACCUGGAAGAAGAAAUACGAAUGGGGGAAAGUAGAGAGGAUGGGACUCCAGAAGGAUGGAAGACUAGAAACUUUUGUGACUCCGAGCCAUUUAGACUCUAUUUCGAUAGUGAAUCGGAAGCAACAAGGUUCUGGAGUUUGGUGAAUAAGUUCAACCAUUCAGAAAAGGAACAACUCACCGACUGCCGUAAUGAACGUACCUUGCCAGGAAAAAAGUUUUGUUCAGAUUCUACAGCUUCACAACAGUCUGAUUGGCAUCACGAAGAAACGAAAGUUGGACAUUGUCUCCAAGAACACGCAGACGUGGACAACGAUAUGUUUCUUUUGCAAACAACACCAAGGAACAAGGGAGACCACUCUGAACCGAGUUUAGCAAAUGACAACAUGGAAGACUCGUCAGUUGUAUUCACACAACCAGACUUGUCAAAUUUGGACUCUAUCGAGCUUUUGUUGAAGAAUACCAGUUCUGAAGAGAGAGAACAGUUUCUGAAUAAGUUGAAAGAAAAUCCAAAUAUUUUAGAAAAAUUUAUUUACUUGUUUCAUAUUUGUGAAGACCUUAAACUGUUAUCCAAACUGAAAAAGUUAUCCAACAUCAUUUAUAGUAUUCUUAUAUCCGGCAACAGCAGCAUUUUGGAAUUGCUUUUAUCGGAUUCUUAUUAUUAUGAUAUCAUUGGCAUACUCGAAUAUAGAAAUAGUGAUGUUUCUAUGACAGGUCAGAAAGCCGGAGAAAAGAGAGUUGUGACUCACCGCGUGAAUUUGAGAAAGUAUCUUAGGAAACUGAUGAAUAUGGAAGACUUGGUAACUUUCCACGACGCACAUGUAGCCGAAAGAGUAAGACUUAAUCAACGUUUGAUGUUUCUUAAACAAAACUUUUUCCCAAUUUUAUCAGAAGAUCAUAUGUUGACCGUUUUAAACUCCGUGAUGUUUUUCAACAACCUUGAUAUCAUCAAUUACUUUCGUUCGAGUCCUGACUCUCUAAAUGGUCUUUUUGAAACGCUCAAGGAUCUUCAAAUGGAUGAGAAGGGACAAAAGAAAGAGCAGCAAAUGUAUCCUUGCGCAGUCUUGCGCAUUAUCUACGAAUUGUGUGACCUUUGCAAAGCGCAACAACAACACAAUCAGCAGAAUAGAGAAAGAUUCUUUGUCGUUUUUCGGGUGGACGAUCUGCUUGCCAUAUGCUCCAAGUUUCUAAUGUAUUCGAUGGACUUCCAAGAAAGAUUUUUCUGUGCAAACAUCAUCUUGAUCCUGUUGACAAGUUUCUCAUCGCCAGUGCGCGAAUAUAUUUUAAGGCAUGUCGAUCUUUUCAAAGCUAUCGUUAUUGCUCUUAAGAGAGAAGAUGAUUUUGCGCUCUCGUCUACGUUAUCUGAUAUUAUAUGUAUGUUGAUAGACCCCGACACAACAAAGGAUUUCCUACAAAAGGAUGAGUUUUUGGAUUUGUUUUACGAAGACAUUGUAAAUGAGUUAUUGGCAGCCUUUGACUCUUUGGAACCCACAGAGUCAUUGGAAGACUCCAGUCGGUCAACUUGCUAUUCGAAUGCGCCAUUUGGAAAUAAUGUCAUUCUUGCAGCUUGUCAGAGCUGUAAUAUUCUAAGUCAUUGUGUAGCGAGUCAUGGUUAUCGACCAAAAUAUGUUAUAUGGCGCUUAAAUGCAUUGAAUAAGGCUUGUCGAUUAUUUGGUUAUCAAGAUACUUGUAUUUCAUUAUACCCAUUGCGACUUGUACGUCAUUGUAUUGGACAACGAGAUGAGUUUUAUAAUCGGUAUAUAGUGAAGGAAAAUAUUAUGGACCUAGUAUUUCGUGGUGCUGAAAGAUGUGCUAGUCGGAAGAAUAUUUUUUACUGCUCAUUGUUAGAAAUGUUGUCUUUUAUAGAGAAAAGUGGAAUGACUUUGUUAAUCCAGUAUAUUGGAAAGCACCACUUAUUAUCUUCCAUCUUUGGCGAUAUUCCUAUUGUGCAAAAAUACCGAGGAGUUGUAGACGACAAUUCGAGAAAAGAUAUUUCCCCUAGCCAUGAAGAGUCUGUUUCGUUUCUUGGUAAAAGGAGAACGACGGAAGUGGAUUCAGAAGACCGUUACUUUGAGGAGAAUGACGACGAUAUUGUUAGCAACGGUCAGAUGGAGUGGAAUGUAGAUAGAGAUCUUAUACUUCCGCAAGGAAACAAAGAUAAGGAAGAAGACUCUUCCGUUUUUCUUCAUCUUUGUGAGUCCAAAGAUCAGGUGAAUUCAUCAACCAAGGUACACAAAAAGCGUGCACCCAUCGUAGCACGUGGUAAAUGGGGUUCUCAUCGUCCACUGGUUGAUUAUAGUUGGACCGGAGAUGAUGAACCUGCACAUCCUUCCCAUGCGGAAUAGCAACUAGUGUUGGUGGUUGUUGUCAUUUACGGAAUGUAAUACUAGUGACAAACCAUUUCUGCAUAUUUUCAUAUACGUUGUUUAUGCAAGUGGCUACAAUGAAUACUGAGAGACGAGUGAAUCACGAAGGAUAUUGUGAUAGAGUAUCUGUAUUCUUUUGGACUGAAAAUAAAUAGUACUGGAAUAUU